AUGAUGCCAUCCCAGGACUUUAAAAAGACACAAGAGAAAGCUAUCGAAAUGGAGCAUAUGCGUUUGGAACAUGUACGGGACAUGACUGCUUUCUUCGACAUGGAAAAGGAUAGGCACCGAUCUCUGAGGGAUCCUAUGCAACGUAUGAGGCUUACCGAGAAGAAGCCGCAUUCUGUCAACGGCAAUGAUAAAGAAUGUGCACUUGACUGCCCCACAAAGGAGCAGGUGAAACUCAAAACAAAAUUAGAAGACUGGUAUCAAACUCAUUAG